AUGGGCGAGAGAGGAGCGGAAGAGGAGGACGCCGCCGAUACCGUGACGAAGAUGGCGACGACCGGCCCCCCGCCGCCACGCAAAGGCAUCAGCUACAGCCAGCCCCUCGGCAAGGACGCCGCCAUCGCCUCCUCCGCCCGCCGCAACGCCCCCCCGCUCCGCAAGCACAGCCUCGACGACCCCCACACCUCCACCACCACCAAUCCCUUCCUCGACUCCUCCCCCGACGCCUCCCGCUCCCUCUCCUACACCCACCACCACCACCUCCAGUCCUCCCUCCCCCCCUCCUUUCCCCACCACCAAUACUCCAACUCCGUCGAAGACCUCCGCUUCGGACACCACCACCACCCUCCCCUUCCUCCUGCCCACCACCACAACCACCCUGGCGUGAUCGCCACAGGCGGAUCCUUCAGCAACCCCUUCGGCUCCGCCGGCGGCGGCGGCGGAUCCUUCUCCGGCAGCGAUGGCUCCCUCACCCUCGAGCGCGCAAUGUCCGAGUACGGCGGCGCCCCCGGGACUCUACCGGAAUUUAUGGGCACCGGUGGCGGCGCCAUCCCCCUCCGUGCCGCCAUGCAUCCCGGCCGCCCUCCCGCCCUCGAAAUCCGACCCCAUCCCCUCCGGGAAACCCAGGCAGGCUCCUUCCUCCGCUCCAUCGCCUGCGUCCGCGGUCAGCUCUGGGCCGGGUCUGAGUCCGGGCUCCGGGUGUGGAAUCUGGACAACAAGUUCGACGACUGGGGGGCCGCCGGGCCGGCGAGGAGGGGGGACGAGGAGAGCGCGCCGUUCCGGGAGUCGUGCUACACGUCGCCCACAAUGUGCUUGGCAGUGGACGCAGCUACCGGCUUGAUUUGGAGCGGGCAUAAGGAUGGGAAGAUUCGGUCGUGGAAGAUGGAGCAGCCCGCGGUCCAGAGUUCUGCUUCGGAGGAGGACGGUGGGGACAAUGUUGCUCAGUUUAAAGAAGGGCUUUCAUGGCAGGCCCACAGCCGGUCUGCUGUGCUCUCCAUGGUCAUCACUUCAUAUGGUGAUAUAUGGUCAGGUUCUGAAUGUGGGGUGAUAAAGGUUUGGCCUUGGGAUGCCAUUGAAAAAUCCCUCUCUCUAUCAAUGGAAGAAAGACAUAUGGCUGCUUUAUUAGUUGAGAGGGCAUAUAUUGACCUAAGGAGCCAGGUCACUGUGGGUGGUGUGUGUAACUUGCCUGCUGUAGAUGUGAGAUAUAUGUUAUCGGAUAAUUCUAGGUCUAAAGUGUGGACCGCUGGUAGCUUAUCCUUCGCGCUCUGGGAUGCUCGGACAAGGGAUCUUUUGAAAGUGUUUGGCAUAGAUGGCCUGGUUGAGACUCGAGUGGAAAAAAUUGAGGCACAAUCAGCACAGGAAUAUGUAGAGGAUGAGAUGAAAGUAAAAUUUGUUUCCACAUCAAAGAAGGAAAAAUCAGGUUCUAUUAGCUUUUUGCAACGUUCUCGGAAUGCUUUGAUGGGAGCAGCUGAUGCUGUUCGCAGAGUUGCAGUCAAGGGAACAUUUGGGGAAGACAAUCGAAGAACAGAGUCGUUGACAUUAGCUAUGGAUGGAAUGAUCUGGAGUGGAUGCACAAAUGGCUCGCUUGUUCAGUGGGAUGGAAAUGGGAAUCGGUUACAUGAAGUUCAGCAUCAUCAUUCUUCUGUUCAGUGCAUUUGUGCAUUUGGGACACGGUUGUGGGUGGGCUAUGUGAGUGGCACUGUUCAGAUUUUGGAUCUUGAGGGAAAUUUGCUAGGAUCAUGGGUUGCCCAUAGCAGUCCAGUUAUAAAGAUGGCUGUUGGGAGUUCGUAUAUCUUCACACUCGCUCAUCAUGGUGGGAUUCGUGGAUGGCACCUGACAUCUCCUGGACCUCUCGAUGAUAUCUUGCGAAUGGAGUUGGCCAAUAAGGAGUUGUCAUAUACAAGAUAUGAAAAACUUAACAUUUUGGCUGGAACUUGGAAUGUUGGACAGGAAAGGGCAUCUCAUGAAUCUCUUAUAUCAUGGUUGGGUAGUGCAGCAUCAGAGGUUGGAUUAGUUGUUGUUGGGUUGCAAGAGGUGGAAAUGGGUGCUGGAUUUCUUGCAAUGGCUGCUGCCAAAGAAACUGUAGGACUCGAGGGAAGUGCUAAUGGGCAAUGGUGGUUGGAUACUAUAGGCAAAACCUUAGAUGAGGGGACAUCUUUUCAACGUGUUGGUUCUAGGCAGUUGGCAGGACUACUAAUUGCUGCAUGGGCUAGGAAGAAUCUUAGACCACAUAUUGGUGAUGUUGAUGCUGCAGCAGUACCAUGUGGAUUUGGGCGUGCCAUCGGCAACAAGGGUGCUGUAGGUUUGAGGAUGAGAGUCUAUGAUCGAAUGGUAUGCUUUGUGAACUGUCAUUUGGCUGCACAUUUGGAAGCAGUUAGCCGGCGAAAUGCUGACUUUAAUCAUAUCUAUCAAACAAUGGCAUUCAGCCGGCCAUCUGUUGGACUUCACGGAGCUGCAGCUGGUGCCACAUCUGUCCAAUUGCAUCGUGGAGUAAAUGCCACCGGAUCUCAAUCUGAUGAUGGGAAACCUGAGUUGUCAGAAGCAGACAUGGUUGUAUUUCUUGGUGAUUUCAAUUAUCGCCUUUUUGGUAUCAGUUAUGAUGAAGCAAGGGACAUGGUUUCUCAAAGAUGCUUUGACUGGCUUAGAGAGAAGGAUCAGCUUAGAGCAGAAAUGAAAGCAGGCAAAGUUUUUCAAGGAAUGCGUGAAGGGCAAAUCAAAUUUCCUCCCACAUACAAGUUUGAAAGGCACCAAGCAGGUCUAUCAGGAUAUGAUUCCAGCGAGAAGAAGCGAAUUCCUGCUUGGUGUGACAGAAUACUAUAUCGUGAUAACCGUUCAAUUUCAGUGGCUGAAUGCUCAUUAGAAUGCCCUAUAGUUUCUUCAAUUACAAUGUAUGAAGCUUGCAUGGAUGUAACAGACAGCGAUCACAAACCUGUCAGGUGCAUAUUCAAUAUUGAAAUCGCUCACGUAGAUGAGUUGGUAAGGAGGCAAGAGUAUGGAGAAAUAAUUGCAUCAAAUGAGAAAUUAAGGUCUUUGCUUGAAGAAUAUUCUGAAGUUCCAGAAACUAUUGUCAGCACAAACAACAUAAUCCUGCAAAACCAAGAUACUUCUGUCCUCCGAAUCACUAACAAAUGCGAGAAAAAUAGGGCUGUCUUUGAAAUCAUUUGUGAAGGCCAGUCCACCAUCAAGGAUGAUGGAAGUAAAUCCAAGCUUUCUACAAGAGGUUCUUUUGGCCUUCCACUCUGGCUUGAGGUUCGCCCGUCAGUUGGUAUAAUCAAGCCUGGACAAACAGUAGAAGUCACAGUGCAUCAUGAGGAAUUCUAUACUCAAGAAGAGUUUGUUAAUGGAAUCCCACAGAAUUGGUGGUGUGAAGAUACUAGGGACAAAGAGGUGGUAUUAUUAGUAAAUGUAACAGGCAGUAGCUCAACUGAAAGCCGAAGCCACCGGAUCCAUGUAUGUCACUGCUUCUUGUCCAAGACCGCAUGCAAUGACACAAAAAGCCAUUCAAGAAGAAACCAGUCAAACCAUCUACAUAGGUCUGAUUUUGCACAUUUUGGCGGCUCAUCAGAUGUGGUUCAUGACUUUUGCCACAUGCGGUGUCCUUAAGCAAAGUGUAAAAGAUGAGAUAGAUGUUACUUUUCUGUCGAUAACAGGAGUUUUGAGGGAGAAAAAAACGAGGGAAAAAAAAGCAUGGUCAUUUUUCUUACCAAAUCACAUAAAGGCUUCUUGCUCCAAUAUUUAUUUGUACAUACCCAUCACUUGCUUAUUUCCAAUUUUACAUUACCCAAAAAGGAUAUCCAGAUUUUCAAAUUGUGCAGCCAAUUACAGGGUCUUGCUGUGGAAGUAUUCUUUAGACAGUUCUUUCUUAGAAAAAUGUGUGUUGAGAGGGCCAUUGUAAUACGCUUGUUAGAGUGAUCGAUGUUUAGGUGUGCUAUGAAGUAAAGCAAAAGAGGGUGUAAUUUUGUGUAGUCUCUUAUAAGCCACUGACAAUGUGCCAUUGCAUUGGCCUUGUAAGAAUUUCUUUGGAAAUAUAUGAAUAAUAUUGUUGCUUCACUGAGUGGGCACUUGCU